CUAACGUCAUGAAAGUGAUUGCCAAUUAUUCGCAACAGUAAUUAAAAAAAAAAUCAAAAUUCUUGAUAAAAUUCUAGUAAUUUUGUGUUGGCGAUGCUAAUGUCACUAGUCAGAAAUGGCGGCUUAAGUGUUUGUUAACCUCAAUUUCUGAUAAUUUUAAGUUAACAUAAUGGCUCGUUUCUUUUUUUUAUCUAGUUUUGCAAAUUGUCGUUUAUUAAUUAACAAUGGGUUACCCCAACUUAACCAAAUAUCGGGAGUAAGUCACAAAGUAGUGGACAAGUUGAAAGAAUUAAAAUUACCAGAUAAGCCCAAAAGGCCCCUCACGCCGUACUUGAAGUUUGUUAGGGAUCAUAGACAAGAUAUACUUAAAGAAAAUCCAAAUUUGAAAAUGACUCAAGUAACAAGUCAAUGUGCUACACACUGGAAAACAGCAGAUCCUUCCCUCAAAGCCAAAUACCAAAACGAAUUCAAAAUCGAGAUGGAGGAAUACGCGAGGAGGUAUCUCCAAUACACUGAGAGCCUCACUGAUGAGCAGAGAGAAGCCCUGAAGGAGUACAACCAAGAGGUGAAAAAAUCCCGAGUUAAGAGAGAAAAACGGAAAAUGUUGCGCGAAAACGACAAACCAAAGAGACCAGUAGGGGCUUACUUGUUGUAUUUAAUGGAUCAAGUCAAAACUCAGAAUAAAACAAUACCAGAAUUAAUGAAAGAAUUAAAAGGCGAGUGGGCUGAGUUACCUAAUGAAAAAAAAUCCAAAUAUGUGGAAGCGGCUGAAAAAGCAAAAAAACAGUAUGAUCAAGAGUUGAAGAAAUGGGAAUUGAAGAUGGUAGAAGAAGGGAAAACAGAUCUCGUGCGUCAAAGUACCUUAAAUUUGACAACCCCUAAACCCCCAAAGAAGAAAUAGGGACUCGCGUGUCUUCCACCUCCACCACCCGCCAGGUCAGGUGAAGGCACAGUAAAAGAAUCUCAGUUUAGUUUGGUCGAAAAGGCGGAUUGUAGUCCGAGGAAUGGUGAAAAAGAUGGGAUUCUACAAAAACUUUUCAAAUUUUUUAAGCGUUAGUUACUUUUAUUUUAGGAAUGUGUGUUAUUUCAUCAAAUAAAUAUACUUAACUUUU